CUUUCGUUUUUCGCCUGCUGCGUGCGAAGGAGAGAGAGGAAAAAACGGCUCUCAGCAAAGCAACAAGAAGGAAGAGCAAUGGCGACACUGGAUCGCCAAAUACCAAGUCUGGAUACCUUCCUUUGCGAGCCUUGGUCUUCCUUCGUCAGUGCGGCUAAAUUACGUUUUGUUGACAACGCAGAAGACUCGUCCUUGGAUAACAGCGACAAAGAGCUUUGUUGCCCCGGUGAAGCUGUGAAGCUCCGCAAAGAAGAGAUGCUUGUCUACAGCCAGUUUCCAGCACUGGAGGAUUUUUGUCUUGUUGUCUGCCAUGUCUGUAAUCAGGUGGUCACUCCUCAGGGCAUCCUCGCACACUAUGAGAAGCGCCACGUUUCCCCCAUUCCCUCCAGGAGCCCCCUGGUCCCCAUGAAGCCCAAAGCACCUGCAGUGGCCCCCGCUGUGGCUCCCAGUCCUGGGGACACGCUGGCCUUCAGGGUCCCUAAAGAUUACCCUCAUUCGCGCUUCAGCAAGGCGCCACUUGCUGUCUACCCACCAAAGGGGGCACGGAACAAGACAUGUGUAUCCCUUCCAGUCGUAAGCCUGGAGAAGAUGCCCUGCCUCAACCGAGCCGACUCUGCGUCACAUGUGCGCCUCAGCUCCUCCUCUUCUUCCUCCUCCUCAUCCUCUCCUACUCCCUCCUCCCUCAAACUUCCAUCCCUCACUCCCCUAGCCUCCCACCGGUCCAGCGAGAAGCUCAUGAACGGUCGCGGAACAAGCGGACCGUCCACGCCACGCUCCACCAUAUCUCCCUCCUCUCUGGACAGACGCCCCAGUCCGGCACGCUCUCCGCUGGACAGACGGCCGUCAUCUGCACCUUCUCCUUCUCCGCUGGAUCGGAAAUCUUCCCCUUCUCACCGAGCCGGUGCUCUGCCGUCAUCGUCAGCGCCAUUGGAGAAGAAGCCCCAAAAUGGAACUAAGACUUCCUCCAGGCCGCAGAAAAGACUCUCAGGGAGAGUGUUUGAUCCUAACAAGCACUGUGGAGUCCAGGACCCCGAGACUAAACGACCCUGCACGCGGUCUCUCACCUGCAAGACUCACUCCUUAACCCACCGCCGGGCCGUCCCCGGCCGAAGGAAACAUUUUGACAUCCUCCUUGCCGAACACAAGGGGCGGCCGAAGGAGGGGGCAAAGGAGAAGGAGAAAGACAAGGACGGAACGCAGGGAGGGAAGGAGGGUAGCAGCCAGAGUUUCACUUCACAAGAGACCGCAUGUCCCAGCAAGCCUCACUGCCCAAAUGGACGACCCCUGUCUACGCUGAAGCUACGGCUGGCAAAUGCACACAUACCCAGGGUUCCAGGCUCCAACACCUCCACCUCCAGUCCUCUGCCUCCAGCACCAGCCCCUGCCCCGGCCCCUAACCCAGAGCCGUCUCCCCACAGUUGGGUGACGGCAGCGGGAGACGGCGGCCGGCUUUCCAGUGACGAGGGAGAAGCAGAGACUCCAGACUACGCUGACAGGCCUGCCUUUCACUUCUCCAAUCACCACCCACAGCCUUUAGGGUGUUGCGUAUUCAGCAGCAGGCUCAUGGGACGGGGUCACUAUGUGUUCGACAGGCGAUGGGACAGGAUGAGGCUGGCGCUCCAGAACAUGGUGGAGAAACACCUUAACUCUCAGAUGUGGAGGAAGGUGCCUCUGGCUUCUGAGAGCCUCCUCUCCCUCUCCUCCUCCGGUGCCUCCCCCAUCACUUCACAACAGACUCCCUCUCCUACAUCCAUCACUUCUCCUCUCCUCUCCUCCCCUUCCAACUCCCUCUCCUACACCCCCACAUUUCCUCAGUCCGCAUCCAUGGUGUUGAGCAUUCGAGACGCUACACAGCCCGUCGCCCCAGUUUCUGCACUGGGUAAAGCCCGUAACGGCACGCAUAAAGCCAGCCGCCCAUCCAAAGACAUGGAGGACUCAGUAGUGGGAUCCAAGAAGAGAAAAAACUCUUCCUACUCCUCCUCCACAUCCUUUUCUUCUUCUUCUUCCUUGUUUUCGACUGUGGAUAAUCACAAAAGGAAUGGCAGCAGCUAUCAUCCAACGUUACAAGGUUCAGGGGGGGCUGCAGCAACCCCAGCCAGGAAAAAGGGACUUGGGCGCGGGGGAAGCGGGUUUUGGACCAGCGGAGAGGACUGGCUAUCCAGAACCGAUGGGUCUGAAAGCCACAACUCUCAAAACAGUCGCGAACUUGGCACGACCAGUAUACCCUACUCACCCAACAGGGAGCCUGCCUCUGCCCCCCAUCAGCCCUUGGCUUCCCCCUCCGGACCCUUGGCUUAUGGGGGAGGAGCAGAGGGGAGGAAAAGGAGGAGUCCUAGCUCUUACAGAGGGAAGGCCAGUAAGCUGAGCAGGCCAGGUGGGUUGGAGAGCCUCUUUGGGAAUGGGAGCGACAGCGGGGGAAUACUGGCUUCGGGGCCCGAGUCCCCGAGACAGGCCAAGUUGCAUCACUGACAGAAACCUGUUUCAUGGACUGAAUGUUGGGCAGCUGUGCAGGCCACCACCGUUUGUGACCUUCGAACCUCACCACUCUUCCACUGAUGGCACCAAUCAGACUGCUUCAUCUCUGCGAUGUCACCCCUAUUUACCCAAUGACAGUUGAGUUCACCCACUGUGACAUCGCAGGCUCUGCAGUCUUUGCCCACACAGUUGACUAGCAGUCAUUUUCACUCUCCUCCUCUAAUUAUGGAGCGUUUUGAUGGAGAGCUGCUGUGCAUCACUCUGCUUGUGGUCUUUUUUCAGAAGAAGACAGUGGAAUCCAAAAACUUAUCCUCUGAAAAGGGAAUUUGCCUCACCAAGUUUUCAAGGCAUUGUUAAUAAUACCAUCACUGUAUAAUUUUUGGGGAGACAAUCAGAUUAUUUUCUGGUUGUUCUGACCAUUUUCCUGGUUGCUGUGUCAGGUCAGCUGACAAGGACAGAGGUCUGUGAUUGUUUUUGGGAGUUAGAUGGUUGAAGGACCUACUGAUAUGACUACUGUAGGACUCAGCCUUCAGCUGUGCCACCCCAAGUGCCCCACCCCCCCCCCCCUUUCCCCCUUUCCUUUUUUUUUUGUUUUUCUCUUUAUUUUAGCUUUUCCUCUUUCUAAAAGAUGGAAGAGACAACAGCAGCUGUAGUUGGGUUUUAUCCAGCUUCUUCAUCUUUCAACCUCUUCCUUUUUCUUUAUUUCCCCUCCAUCUUUCUUUAUAUCAAACAACUUUGUCAACAUCUCUACAGUUCUUAUUUUUACCUUUCUCCCCCUCUCUCCCUAUCCAUCCCAGCAUGCCCGUGUUCAAAGUGCACUUACUGUCCUCGCUUCCCCCCUCCCUUCCUAUUCACUGACAGCAGAGCAGUCUCCAGCAGUGCCACAACAGGACCUGUUCACACGAGGGACGGAAAAACACCUCUGUGUUACCAACGACGCCGUGUCAAUGCAUUGUAUUUCAGUAUAGGAAGAAAUCCGAGUUUAUUUGAAGAUUGUUAUUUUUUUUUUUUAUCUCUUCGCUCUGGUUUUAAAUGUUGCAAGAAACACAAACUCCUGUCUGUGUGUCAGGACUUGCAUCCAAAAAGGAAUUAUUACUAUGGUGUUGGAUCUUUUUUUUGUAUAAUAAUUUAUCAUUUCUUAAAUGAUUUUCUCACUGACCAUUGAGGUUUGAGCUACAGAGACUUUUUUGAGCAAAAAAAUUAUUUCUAUGGCAUUUUGAAGAAAUGUUUGAAAGUAUUAUGAUGAGUUCAUGUUGUUGAUAAUGUGUACAUAUCUGUUUAUUAUUUUUGUAUUUAUUAAUAAUUUCCCCCUUUUACUUAAUAUGAGCUAGAGAAAGGAGUAUGCUUUCCCUCCUGCCUUAGUCUGUGUUUAAUUAUAUUGAUGAGAUUGGCCUGGUUUCUCAAAAUCUGUAAUAUUUGUUCAUUUGUAGGUUUUUAAAUCCAUACUAAUUAAUUCUCAAACACAGCCAAAUAUGAUCUUUGACUCAAUGCUCAAUUUCAACAACAACCUGUGGUCAAUUUAUAUAUUUUAGUCAGGCCUCUUCUAAUAACUAAUUCUAGUUAAGCUAAUUAUGUUGCCUGACAGAAAUAUCUGAACUCAGCGAACACAGCUUUCAACCACCUCUCACAUGCUGUGUGUCCCAGUUCCAUAAACUUUACUAAUUGUAUACAGUAUGUACUGUUUGGUAAUCAUACUAUACUGUUUUUUUGCAGUUGGCAUACAAGAAAUUAGCAUAUUUAAUAGUUUUAUAAUUACAGGAAACUAAACAAUCAGACAUAUGUCAGUCAAACUGCAACUUUGGAACGCUACUGACAGUUAAACUUCACAAAGAGGUUUUUUUCCAAAGAUUUUAUAGGUUAUUUUUCUUUCCUAUAUCUGUCAUAAGGCUGUCUCAACACUGCCUUCAAAUACUUUUUUAUUUAAAAAUGUUUUUGCAGUGAUGAGCAGCUCGUCCAUUUCCAUCAACAUUUAGUUCUCCAGUGUGAAAACAUUCCAUACACAAAUCCUGCAUAGAAUUAGUAUGUAGUUUUGUAAUUGGACUACAACCUUAAUCAGCAGAUGGAGUUUACUCAGUUGCCAUGGAGAUGGCUCAGUUGUUGUCACAUGACAUGGUUUUUCAGCGAACCUCUCUCACCCCUUUCUAUAAGACUUUUUCCUCUUUAGAUCUUGUCAACCUUGCCGGUCCAAAAUGUCAGUUGACGGUUUCUCCACCAGUAUUUGUUCACAUUUCUAAUAACUGUGUGCCGCAGUGCACAAUCUGUACGUCAUGUGCACCAAUGAACAAAGGUUGAUUUUGUGAAACCAGGCCCUGGUUAGUAUUUUUCAUACAAAGGGCCCCACAUUCCUGUUUGCCUGUGGUUCCACCCUUUUUCAUACUUCUUCCAACGUUCAAAAAUAUAGAUAUAUUUUUAAACAGUUUUUAUCUUCCAGGAUCGAUUGGGUCUAGUGUCAGCGCGAUUAUGCUUCGUUGUUGGGUGUGUGUGUAAAAUUAAAAGCCAGAUCAAAAUGCCUUCAUUUACUUCUCAGCCGCAGACAUCAAGUUUGGUAUCAUUUCCUCUCCGGUGGCUCAGUAGUUCACUGCACUGGAAAUGCAGCACAGUCAUUCCCAUGAGUCUGUAAUGUUUUUUUAAGUAUCUACAAGAUGCACACAUACAGAAUCAGGCGUAAAAAAGAGAUAACAUUUAAGGUUAAAGGGAAAUCUCAUGACUAAAGCAUAUAUUCUGUUUAGCAGCGAACUACCACAGCGUCCAAAGUGACCCAAACAUGGUUAAAUCUAACUGAGAAUGUCAUAUUGUGUAAAUGUUAAAUUCAUCAAAUGUCAGGGGGAUUUCCUUGAUUGAAAGUGGUAUUGUGGAUGCCAUAAUAUGUCCACAAAAAUGGGGAAAAACCUUCAGAACCCUGUCUAUUUAUCCGAUGUUGCUGAUAAAGCUAAAGUAAUUGAAAGCAUUUUGAUUUAGCUUGAUGGCUGUGAACCCACCCCCGCCCCACCUGGUACUUGCUAACCGCUUCAGUGGGAAUAACUCCUAGGAUUUUUUAUUUUUUAUUUUUUGUUUGUUUGUUUUUUGUUUUGUUUUUUUUUCAAAAGCGUCUAAGCACUAAUGAUGAAUGAAUUGUACAUAAUCAGUUGUAUCUGUGUUACGCUUUUUUCCCAAGUGCUUCCCAUGAUGACACUUUAUUCAUCAGCGUGUGAGAUCGUCUAACAGCUCUUUUCAGUUUAGUGGUAGCGGCUCGGUGGUCUUUAUUAUACUGUAGAUACACAUUCUUUAUCAGUUUACUGGUUAACACACCUACGAUUACAUUAUAAACAAAUCUUUUCUGGUUUUUUCCCCCUACAGUUUUCUCUGUUUAACGGGACAGAUGUACUAGUAUGUAGAUGUUUUAUGUUGGUUUAAUGGCUGAAAACUAUGGUUCAGGAGUGAUGUCAAGAUUUUAUUCCCUGCUCUCCACACCUGUAUCCACAGAUCAAACAUGACGAUCUUGGCGCUAAGAUGUUUUUGGGAAAUGGAAAGUUACAGCCUGCUGCAGCUAAAGUUUAAGACAAAAGCUCAUGGAUGUUGAUUUCAGAGCAGUUGUUGAAUUUUAUGGAGGUAUUAACAGUUUUUUAAAAGAAAACCCUCCCCCCUCCUUCCUUUUUUUUGCACUUUGUCAUAAUGCCCAGAUCUUUAAUCAACUUCUAUUUAUAUAAAUAUUUGAGAUAUUAAAAAAAAAAUUCUAUAUAUAUUUGUAAAAGUGUUUCUGGCAACUACAAGAUGAAGAGUAUAUUUGUGGUGAGUUGGCGCCUAAACCAGCACACUUUUGUUGUUUGUUGUAUCUGAUUCAAACUGUGUUGAAUGUCUGAAAAAAUGCCUUGUAAGUUGGGGUUUAUUCAAUCUCACUGCAGCCGAAUCGGAUCAGAAAAUGGAAUUCCCAUCAAAACAACUGAACACUUGCUGUAAAAAACAAAAAACAAAAAAAAAAAGGUCUUAUAUCCAAGCUUUUAUUAAAUGAUUGAAAGUG